CGGCCUGGGGCGUUGGCUCACGCCCACUGCGCGUGCGUGCGCAGCUUCACCCCCUGGGGCUGGCGCUUAGGCCGCUUGUGUUUUCCCCUCCCACAUCUGGCGUUUAACGCGGGCUCUGGCCUGCCUUGUGUCACACACAUCUGGGCCCCUGCACCCGUGUGUCUGUGGCGUUCCAGGCUGAAGGAGGCGGGGCUGCUAUGCGGAGGACGAGGACUGAAGCCAGAAAGAAACAGUGACCCAUAGGCAAAUGAACAGAGAAUUCAGGGACUGACAAGAACCAAACUUGAGACUGCAUCAGAAUUUGGCUCCAGACUGAUCUGUCACAUCCAGGACCCUGACACAGGAGCAUGGGACUCCAGGAUUUGAGAUAUCUGCAGCUGCUGUGCCUCUUAGAGGCCGUCUCUUUAUUGCCUAGGUCCGGAGCUCUUUUGUGCUACGAGGCCACAGCUUCAGCCUUCAGAGCUGUGACCUUGAAUAACUGGAACUGGCUUCUGUUGAGGAGCAUGGUGUGUAAGCUGAGAGAGGGCUGCGAGGAGACCAUAGUGUACAUUGAGUCAGGGACCACUAGGGGCAUUGUGAGUUUUAAAGGCUGCACCUCAGCCUUAUCUUACCCCCCACAAAUCUCCUACCUCGUGUCUCCGCCUGGAGUGUCUGUCGCCUCCUACAGCCACGUCUGCAGGACCUAUCUCUGCAACAAUAUGACCAACUUGGAACCUUUUGUGAGACUCAAGGCCGAUGAGCUUAAGCACACAGUCCCUUCAGCCAAAUUCUGUCCAACCUGUGUGGGCCGGCACGACCAGGAGUGCCUUCCAAACUUCGUCACCACCCAGGCCUGCCCCUUUACUGCCUCUUCGUGUUACAGUUCCACCUUGAAAUUCCAGGCAGGGAAUCUCAAUUCUACCUUCCUCAUAAUGGGCUGUGUUCGUGAGUCACACAAGCUUUUAGCAGACUUUCAGCAUAUUGGGAGCAUCAGAGUGACUGAGGUCGUGAACGUCUUAGACAAGUCUGAGGCUGUUGGUGCAGGGCACUGUAGUCAGGGUCCUCCUUGGAUCAUCCUCUUAUGCACUCUGCUCAUCUUCAGGGCCUGACCACCCGGAGACUGGAAUGGAAUAAAACCACAGAAUUACCCUC